AUGGAAACAGAACACAAACCCAUUGUGGAUAACAUCAGGUGGGUCAAGGAACAAGACAAAUUCCUAGGAGAGGAAUUGGAAAAGUUUGAUCGCCACAUGAAGGUGUUGGUUCAAGCAAGACUGUAUUGCCUAUACGCAGACUCAGAAUUAUCCAUCUGGGCAAGCCAUCAGACUGCACGACCUCCGGCCAGUCCCCUCUUCUCAGCCGUCAAUCGGGUUGUUCCAUUACUCAAGUGUCUCGGACUUGACUACCUGAUUGAUAUCGACAAAUAUCGAAUUUCAGAGACCGGCAGCUUGAGCGGCUCAGUAGCCUUACAUCACUCGUCGCGCGGCGCCAUCAAAGUCAAAUCAACCGGCUUCCUGCUCAGAUUACUUGCCAAGUUACCACUCAUCCGCUUGUGUAUCUCACCCACCAAUGAGCUCAGGAACUCUCUACUCGCGAGCGGCCGUGCUGCGAUGGCUGAAAAUUGGGCGAUUGGUGUUAGAUAUCUUCGGGAAUCUUAUCAUGGUCCUGCAGACGAUGCAAAAAUUCAGGAGUGUCAUUACGCUAGCUCGAUUCUGGGAUGGCUGAGGAACCCGCCAAGUGACGCUUCGACCUUCCCUGGUGGCCAAUACUUCUACCAGUCUCAGCUCGCUCAAUUCCACCUCUCGGCACCUCCUAUCAAGCUCUCCGCCUCCAAUCGUCCAUUGCGAGUGGAUCGUGGAAUUGGCCUGGGCCACGAGAUAACUCAGGUGUGCAAGAACGCACUCAAGGAUAUCAAGCUCUCUGUAUUAUGGCUGACCAAUCAGGAUCCUAUCAUCAGCAAACCCAAAUUCAAGGCUGGUACAAAGGGUGUGCCAGAAACAAUGAUCCGCAGCAACAACCAACACCCCACUCUGCAGGAAUGGCUGGAUUGCACGUCCGGCGAGGGCAAAUGGCGCUGGCAGCCGACUCAUGACGAUCCCGAGCCGCGGCCAAUGACGGUGCACCAACAGGGGUCACUAGAAGUCAAGUGUGAGCGGGCGUUCUACGAGCGCGAGCGGGCGGGAAGCAGUUGA